UUUGUGUGUAAAACAUCUUCUUCUCCGACAGGUUUACAGAGAAAAUCAAGGAGCAAGAAUGCAGAAUAUGACUUGUGUAAUGGUUUUGACGUGUGUAUGCUUGCGUCAUUUAGACGGUGUGUUUGGUGAUGAAGUGAAGUCAGUGUCAGUGAUGGAGGGACAUUCUGUGACUCUACACACUGAUACUGAACUACACACACAUGAUGUGAUCGAGUGGAUGUUUGGUGUUCAGAGUCCAGAUCAGAUUAUAGCUGAAAUAUACAAAGAAGCAAAUAUAACAUCAUUUAUUAAUGAGAGAUUGAAGAAUCAUGUAGAGAUAGAUGCUCAGACUGGAUCUCUCAUCAUCACAAACAUCACAACUCAACACACUGGACUUUAUAAAGCUGAGAUCACCAGACACACACAGCUACUCAGCUUCUGUUUCAAUGUGACCGUCUCUGCUCGUCUGCCCGUUCCUGUAAUGACUGGAGAUUCAUCACAAAGCUCUUUAAACCACACUCAACAUCUGAACAUCAGUCAAGUCUGUCAGCCGUGUCCAGUUUGUGUCGAAUGUUGUGGUUUUACUGAAGCUGUGAUCCGAUUGGUCGUCUCUGCUCUAGUGGGCGUGGCUACUGUUGCUGUGCUGAUUUACGACAUCAGAUCCAAUAGAAAAUCACCACCAACCUCUGAUGAAUCAGAUAUUCUGAAACAAUAAUAAACGGUCCUGCUUUUCUUUCAUGGAUGUUUGUGAAUCAAUUUUAAACAUGUCGCCAUCAAAGCUUUGUAUUUUCUAUUAAAUAACCUAAAAGUUUGACUUUUUUAUUUGGAAAAAUCAGGAAUAUUGGUUUCAUUGUAAUAAGCUGUACAUACAAUGCAUAAAGUAACUAAGCUGAGAGUAAACGAGAGAGUUUGAGUAUCGGUUUUGAAUAUUUUGUGUUUGACCACAUGUCUUUCUGCCGACUCUUGACUCAAUAAACAUCGUUUGUGUUCAA